AUGGAAAAUACAGGUGACUCAAAAGCUCUUUUUGCGGGCAUUGGAAUUGGAGCAGUCUCAGUUGGAGUUCUCUCUCUUCUUGCCAAGAAGUUUUGUUGCACUUCUCAAGAAGUUGAGAAAGCAUUAGAAGCUCCUAUUGAAGGAGAUAUUAAAAAGAUUCUUGUAUGAGGAUCAGGAAUGAUGACUCCAAGUCUAAUCCAAUACCUUAUGAGAAAGAAGAACUACGUCAUCACUAUUGCUAGCAACAUUUUGGAAGAUGCGAAAGCCAUAGCAGAUGAAUACCCAGGAAGAGCUCACUCCUGCUAUUUAGAUGUAUCUAAUGAAGAGGCUACAAAGGAAUUGGUAGAGCAGAAUGACAUUGUGAUUUCUUUCAUCCCACCUUUCCUCCAUCCUAAGAUAUUCAAAGCAUGUGCAGAUGCUAAGAGAAACCUUGUGACUGCUUCCUACAUCUCAGAGGAAAUGAUGACUUACGAUGAACAAGCUAAAAAGGAUGGCCUUAUCUUCCUCAAUGAGUGCGGCUUAGAUCCAGGAAUUGACAUCAUGUCUACUAUGAAAAUUAAAGACGAAGUUGAAGCUCAAGGUGGUAAGAUUACAAAAUACGAAAGCUGGUGUGGUGGUCUUCCAUGUGCUGAAGACUCUGAUAACCCACUAGGAUAUAAAUUCUCCUGGGAUCCUAAAGCAGUCUUCAAGACCUCCAGGAAUCAAGCUACCUUCUUAAAAGACGGAGAAGUUAUUAAUAUCCAGCCUGAUGAUCUUCUAUCGGAGGGAACAAGAGUUAAGGAUUACGUCAAAGCACUAAACCUAGAAGGAUAUCCUAAUAGAGAUAGUUUAGCAUUCAAAGAAGCCUUUGGUUUUAAAGAUGCUAAGACGUUUGUCAGAGGAACCAUUAGAUAUGGAGGAUUUAGGAUCAUCAUGAGAGCUUUACAUCAGAUUGGAAUUACAGAAGCUGUCCAGGAGAUCGAUCAAUCCAAAAUUAAAACAUUAAGAGCUCUCACUGAAUCAUUCGCUGAAGGUAUUGAUGCUAAAGUAGAAGACUAUACAGAGCAACUCAAUUCAGCUUCAAUUACCGAUGAGGAGGACCAAAAGUUGAUUAGCAAGCUUCUCCAAAAGAUUGACAAUAAAGAUAAUAUUGUUGACAUUAUCAACUCAUGGAAAUUCUUCGAGCUAUUGAACCCAGACAGAAAUAUUGAAGAAAGCUGGAAAACUCCUCUUGAUGCUCUCAGCGCUAUCUCUCUUGAGAAAAUGUCAUACGGAGAAGGAGAAAGAGAUUUUGUUAUCAUGAAACAUAUCUUCGAAAUUGAGACUGCUGAAGGUGAAAAGAAGACUCUCCAUUCAACAAUGCUUGCAACAGGAGAUAAAGUUGGCUCAGGUGGUUUAACUGUCAUGGCUAAAACCGUUGGAUUUGCAGCAGGAGCAGCUGUAAAUCUCAUCCUGGAGGGUAAGAUCAAGGCUAAGGGAGUUUUGUCUCCUAAAACACCUGAAUUUUACAACCAAAUUCUCCCCAUCUUGGAAGAAGAUAAUAUUACUUUGGUAGAAGAAGAGGUCUAA